UUUACAUUUAAAGAUCAAGAAUGUUCAUUUAAAAUUCAAGAACUUACCAGAUACUUUCUUCACUUCUUGCUUUAACAAUGGAAGCCACAGACAUAGAAAUUACCAGAUACCUCAUGAUCUCUGUUUCUAAAUUGUUCCCUGUAACACUAUAAAUACAAACCUCCUCUAUUAUCUCCUGCAUCAGAAUAAACAAGAACAGACAAUAAUCAAUAACUACUCAAAGCAAAUCCAGUUCUUACUUUACAGAGAAAAAUGGCAUUGAUUCCGAGUAUUUUUGGCAACUCAUGAAGCAGCAUAUUCGAUCCUUUCGAAGGAUUCCCGUUUCCGUCGUCCUCUUCGCUAAUUUCCGGUGAAAAUUUGGCCUUUGUCAACACCCGUGUCGACUGGAAGGAGACCCCGGAAGCUCAUGUUUUCAAAGCUGAGCUUCCGGGGCUCAAAAAAGAGGAAGUGAAAGUGGAGGUUGAGGAUGACAGAGUUCUUCAAAUCAGCGGGGAGAGGCAUGUCGAGAAGGAAGACAAGAAUGAUAAGUGGCACCGCGUGGAGCGCAGCAGCGGGAAGUUUAUGAGGAGGUUUAGGCUGCCGGAGAAUGCGAAGAUGGAUCAGAUUAAGGCUUCGAUGGAGAAUGGGAUUCUUACAGUGAGUGUUCCUAAGGAGGAGGUCAAGAAACCUGAUGUUAAGUCUAUUGAUAUUUCUGGUUGAGAUAAUGUUUCUUGUAAAUCUAAUGGCAGAUAAUAGCGUGCGUGAUGCGAUAAAAAUAAAAUAAGAAGUAUAAGUAAGUUUGU